UUCUCGCGCGCCCGCCCGGAGGCGGAAGUGCGUCAGUGGUGUCCGGGCAGCCGGCGGGCAGCGUCGCGAGCGGACGGAGCGGCGGCCACAGCGGAGGCCGCGGACGGGGUCGGAGGCGGAAGCGGAGCCCGGACGCCGCCAUGGCCGCCACCAUCGUGCACGACCCGUCGGAGGCGGCGCCACUGUGCCCGGCGCUCGGCCUCUACCUGAAGCCGAUCACGAAGCUGGCGAUCAGCGUGGCGCUGCCGCCGCUGCGGCCUCCAGGGAAGUCGAUCUCGAACUGGGAGGUGAUGGAGCGGCUGAAGGCCAUGGCCGCGGGGGCGGGGCCGGGGGCGGAGCCCGAGGCUGCGGCGGGAGCAGGGGGCGGGGCCGGGGGCGGGGCCAAGCACGCGGCCUUCUCCUCGCUGCGCAUCGCCAAGAGCACGCUGGACUUCAUCCGCUUCGAGGGCGAGGUGGAGCAGCGGGCGCUGGUGCGGCCCAUCCUGGCGCGGCUCGACGGCCGGACCAUCAAGCUCGGCGGCUUCGCCGACCCGCUCCGCGUGCGCGCCGCCGAGUUCCGCCCCGACGCCCCGUCCCGCCACGACUGGGACGCCUUCUUCCGCGACGCCCGCGACAUGGACGAGGCCCGGCCCGGAGAGAGGCCCGACACCAUCCACCUCGAGGGGCUGCCCUGCCGCUGGUUCGCGCCCCGCGGCGGGGUCGGCGGCGGCGGUGGCGAAGCUGCUUCCGCCAGCACUUCCACCAGUUCCGCCAGUACUUCCGCCAGUACUUCCUCCCGCGGUGAAGCCACUUCCGCCAGCAUUUCUGCCAGUACUUCCGCCGCGACCCCGUCCCCGGACCGGCCCAGCGAGGCGCUGCUGCGCCAGGCGUUCGCGGCCUUCGGCGAGAUCCGCCAGGUGGACAUCCCCAUGCUGGACCCGUACCGCGAGGACGCGUCGGGCCGCGGCGGCUUCCACACGUUCGGCUGGGGCGGCGGCAGCGGCGUUGGAGGCGGCGGCGUGGGAGGCGUGGGCGGCGUGGGAGGGCUGCACUUCGAGGCCUACGUGCAGUACCGCGAGUACGCGGGCUUCGUGCGCGCCAUGGCGGCACUGCGGGGCGUGAAACUCAUGUUCAAGGGCGAGGACGGCAAGGCCGUGGCCUGCGGCAUCAAGGUCUCAUUCGACGCCACCAAGCACCUGAGCGAGGCCUCGAUCCGGCGGCGGCAGCUGGAGCGGCAGAAGCUGCAGGAGCUGGAGCUGCAGCGCGAGGAGCAGAAGCGGCGGGAGCGUGAGGCGGAGGAGCGGCGGCGGGCGGAGGAGCGGAAGCAGAAGCAGCUGGAGCAGCAGCAGCGCGAGCGCCGCCGGGAGGAGAAGCUGCGCAGGCGCGAGCAGCGGGCGCGGGACCGGGAGCAGCGGCGCAGCCGACGGCGGGCAGAGAAGCUGCAGGCCGAGGAGCAGCGGCGGCUGCAGGAGAAAAUCCGCACGGAGGAGCGGAAGCUGCUGCUCGCCCAGCGCAACCUGCAGUCGAUCCGGCUGGUGGCCGAGCUGCUGGGCCGCGUGGAGGCCGCGAAGCUGCAGCAGCGCGAGCGUAGCGAGGAGCGGCGUCGCCGGCAGCGGCAGGAGGAGCGGCGCCGCCUGCAGGAGGCCGAGCUGCGCCGCGUGGAGGAGGAGAAGGCGCGGGCGCUGGGGCUGCAGCGGCGCGAGCGGGAGCUGCGCCAGCGCCUGCUCUCCCUGCUGCUCAGCCGACGUCCGGCCGCUGCCGCCUCGAACCCGGACCCUGCCACCGACCCCGCGACAACCCCGGGCGACACCACCGCCACCGACGACCUGCUGCGGCCCGUGCUCGACAUCCUGCACCGCGUGACCCACCACGUGCGGGCGCAGCCGCCGAUGCAGCAGACGCAGCGUGACUCGCACCAAGACCCCAAGGACCCCGCAGCGGCGACGGCGCCCGUGCCGCAGGUGCUGGCCUGCAUCCGCGAGAACGCGCCGGCGACCAAGGAGCCUCCGCCGCCCCCACCGCCACCGCCGCCGCCACGCGACCGCGACGACCACAACAAGUGCAACCGUGAGCCGGGGCCCCCGCGGGACGGCGAGGACGACGACCGCGAUCGGCGGGAGGGGCGCUCGCAUAGCCAUGGCGGCGGCGGGGAGCGGCCACGGCAGCACCGAAAGCGCGCGCGCGUGGAUGGCGGCGGCGCCGGCGAGGACGCGGAGGAGGACUCGGAGGACGACAACGGCGCGCGGGUCCCGGGGCGCGAGUGCGAGUCACGCCGGCGGCGGCGGCGCCGCGAGAAGGACAAGGAGCGCGGCAGCAGCCGGGAGCGGAAGCGCAGCCGCCACGGGCGCCACUCGCGGUCCCGGUCGCCUCCGCCGCGGAGACGCAGCGCGUGGAACCGGUGAGCGCGCGGACGGACAGACGGCCGCGGUGCAUGCUGGGAAGACGCCGCUGGCGCCCGCAGAUCGGAUUUUUUUUUCUCCCCCCUCCCCCGAUCGCGGUUCCGCUUUUUUUUUUCCUCCCCUGGCACGAGUGCGAAUCCGCCACGCGGACUCCGGUGUGGGCGGGGAAACCCCGGGUGUCGUCGCGUGACCGACCGCGUGUGCUUUCUGUGUUUAAUAAAAUCUUUUGCCCGGC